GCGGCGGCCCCAGCGAGGGGCUCCUGGGCUCUGCGCUCCGCCGCCUCCAUGGAGCGCCGGCCGCGCCGCCUCUGAUGCCCGGCCCGGCGCGCACCAUGGGGCCGCUAUGGCUCUGCUGCCUCCCCCUCGCCCUCCUGCCCCUGCUCGCCGCCGUGGAAGAGACACUGAUGGACUCCACAACAGCAACAGCAGAGCUGGGCUGGACGGUGCAUCCUCCGUCAGGGUGGGAAGAGGUGAGUGGAUACGACGAGAACAUGAACACAAUUCGCACCUACCAGGUGUGCAACGUCUUCGAGUCCUCCCAGAACAACUGGCUCCGGACCAAGUACAUCCGGCGGCGAGGAGCACACCGCAUCCAUGUGGAGAUGAAAUUCUCAGUCCGGGACUGCAGCAGCAUCCCAAAUGUCCCAGGCUCCUGUAAGGAGACUUUUAACCUCUACUAUUUUGAGUCGGACUUUGACUCAGCCACCAAGACCUUUCCUAACUGGAUGGAGAAUCCUUGGAUGAAGGUGGAUACAAUUGCCGCUGACGAGAGCUUCUCGCAGGUGGACCUGGGUGGACGGGUGAUGAAGAUCAACACUGAGGUGCGCAGUUUUGGGCCCGUCUCCAAGAACGGUUUCUACCUGGCCUUCCAGGACUACGGAGGCUGCAUGUCCUUGAUUGCCGUGCGCGUCUUCUACCGCAAGUGUCCCCGUGUGAUCCAGAACGGGGCCGUCUUCCAGGAAACCCUCUCAGGGGCAGAGAGCACCUCGCUGGUGGCGGCGCGGGGGACGUGCAUCGCCAACGCCGAGGAGGUGGACGUGCCCAUCAAGCUCUACUGCAACGGGGACGGCGAGUGGCUGGUGCCCAUCGGGCGCUGCAUGUGCCGGCCGGGAUACGAGUCCGUGGAGAACGGGACCGUCUGCAGAGGUAACCACGUGCUUUGGUCCCACCCCGGGCACCCGCCUCUGUGUGCCAGGGGUGGCAGUUGGGAUUUGUUCCUGGGAUCUGCAUGA